GAUCAUUUGAGUCUCGGGUUUUUAUUCACGACCGUCAAACGAUGAAAACUGCCGCUUCGAGUGCGAUUAUUUUAUAAACGGAAAUGCGAGCCUGGCCGUAACGUCAAACUCCUUCUGUGUGUCCCUCAUCCCCUCGACCAGCGUCAUGUGAACGCAGCUAGCUACGAUGUGACUGAAUAACAGUCUUCGGGUGAAGUUUUAAUUUCCAUUAUCUAAGCUGCUGAAUGGCCACAACGGCGAAUUGUCCGCCUUCUUUUGACGCCUGCAUGCUGUGAUUUCAAACGGUCGUCCGAGCUCCUCGUCGGGGAGGGGAACCGCUGUGUAUUUUGGGCACGAAUAACCGAAAACGCCGCCGCCGCAUCUACUGCGCAUCCGAAAAAUAUGUCGUUCUUCAAUUUUCGGAAGAUGUUCAAGUUGGGACCCGACAAGAAGAAGAAGCAGUACGAGCAUGUGCACAGAGACGUCAACCCGGAGGAAAUAUGGGACAUCAUCGGGGAGCUGGGAGACGGAGCGUUUGGGAAAGUGUACAAGGCUCAGAACAAGCAGGACGGGACCCUCGCUGCUGCCAAGGUGAUCGACACCAAGACCGAGGAUGAACUCGAAGAUUACAUGGUCGAGAUCGACAUUCUGGCCUCCUGCGACCAUCAUCACAUCGUCCGACUGCUGGACGCUUUCUAUUUCGAAGGCAAGCUAUGGAUUCUGAUUGAGUUCUGUGCCGGUGGUGCAGUGGAUGCCAUCAUGCUGGAAACCUCCUCUGUGGGAUUGUUCUCCAUCCCCAGUUGGAAAGAACUCGAGAGGCCCCUAACGGAGCCCCAGAUCCGUGUGGUGUGUCGCCAGACGCUGGAGGCCUUGUCUUACCUCCACGAGAACAAAGUCAUCCACAGAGACAUGAAAGCCGGGAACAUUCUCCUCUCUUUGAGCGGAGAAGUGAAGCUGGCUGACUUUGGGGUGUCUGCUAAAAAUACCAAGACUUUCCAGAGAAGAGAUUCUUUCAUCGGCACUCCGUAUUGGAUGGCGCCAGAGGUGGUAAUGUGCGAAACCUUCAAGGACCGUCCGUACGACUACAAGGCCGACAUCUGGUCCCUCGGAGUAACCCUCAUAGAGCUGGCGCAGAUUGAGCCCCCGAACCACGAGAUGAAUCCCAUGAGAGUGCUGCUGAAAAUAGCCAAGUCCGAGCCACCCACACUCAUGCAUCCCUCUCGCUGGUCACCGCAAUUUAACGACUUUCUGCGGAGAGCGCUCGAUAAGAAUGUGGACAAUAGGUGGGGCACGCUGCAGCUCCUACAGCAUCCUUUUGUCACCAGUGUGACUGACAGCAAACCUCUCAGGGAGCUCAUCGCCGAAGCUAAAGCUGAAGUCACAGAGGAGAUCGAGGAUAGCAAAGAGGAGGAGGAGGAGGAAGAGCCUGAUACACCUGUGGCGGCUCCUGGGCACAAGCGAGCGCCAUCAGAUGCCAGUGUGGCGAGCUCAGAGGAGGACAAAGUCCCUCCGACUUCCUCCCCGCUGGAAUCCGUUACGGAAAAGACGGAGGCCGAGCCCGCCGAGGACCGGAUCAGCGAGAAGCUCUCUGAUGAAGGAGUUGGAACAAGUGAGGAGAAACUCAACGAGGUGUCUGAUGCCAGUAAUGAAGACCUGGCCUCUGGGUUAAUAGAGCCCACCAAGGACUUAAUCCCACAAGAUCCUACAGAGCCUACUAGACCAGAAGAAGGUCAAGCUGAAGAGAUUCCUGCAGUGUCACAGCCAGAAAAAACUCACUACACAGUGGAAACCCAAGAACCUGAGGAGGUACAGAAGGAGACAAAUGGAGGGAAAACAGAGGAUAAACCUACUCAAGUUAUAGAAGAAGAACAAGAGGAGGUGAAAGGAAAGGAAGAAAAAGACGCUGGUACAGAAAAAUCCAAAGAAUCCCAAGAUACACCAGAGAAACCAGAAUCCAUGUCAGGGGCAGAAGAGGAAAGCAAAGAGCCAGAUGAGACCCCUCAGCAUCACUUGACAGGAGACAGAAGAGAAGACUCUACUCAUGGCACAGAUGUAGAUAUACACACACAGAAUAUAGAAUCAGACGUGGCGGACACAAACAUAAAUGGAGACACGGACACAAAGUUGAGCGUGGCCGAGUCCUCCGCUGUGGUUGCGUCGGAGAACGAGGAUCGAGAGAUUCAGCCAGAGGAUGAGGCAGAGCGGCAAGAGAAUCAGACCGAGGGCGAGGCUGGCGUGGAGGAGCAGGCCCCGGCCGAACCCACAAAGGCCGUCGGCGACGAAUCCAAAGUCACCUCCGGGGAGGUCCCGUGUGAAGAUGUCCCCGUGAAGGAAGAUGAGGAGAGAACUCCUCGCGCGGAUCAGAGCGCUUCAAAAGAUGCCGACUCUAUACCCGAGAAUGAAACGGAUUCAGAGAGCAAGAUGGAGCAGGGAAGCCCCGCUGCGAUGAAGCCAGAUUUGGAGAAGGACUCUGACUCUGCUGAGAGCAACAGCCUUGACCUCAACCUGUCCAUCUCCAGCUUCCUGUCAAAGACGAAAGAAGGGGGCUCCGUGUCUAUGCAGGAGUCGAGGCGUCAGAAGAAGACUCUGAAGAAGACGCGUAGGUUCAUGGUGGAUGGCGUCGAGGUGAGCGUGACGACGUCGAAGAUAGUGACGGACAGCGACGCCAAGAGCGAAGAGAUGAGGUUCCUGAGGCGGCAGGAGUUGAGAGAGCUGCGCCUCCUGCAGAAGGAGGAGCAGAGGGCCCAGCAGCAGCUCAGCAACAAGCUGCAGCAGCAGAGAGAGCAGAUCUACCGCCGCUUCGAACAGGAAACGGCCGCGAAGAAGCGUCAGUAUGACCAAGAAGUGGAGAACCUUGAGAAGAAGCAGAAGCAGACCAUCGAGCGGCUGGAACAGGAUCACACCAGCCGGAUUCGGGACGAAGCCAAAUGCAUCAAAGCGGAUCAAGACAAGGAGCUCUCCAAGUUCCAAAACAUGCUGAAGAACCGGAAGAAAGAGGCCAAACAGGAAGUCCGACAGUCGCCCAAACAUAUGAGAAGAGAGCUCAUGAAACGCAUAAAGGAGGACCUGUCGUUCCUUAAGACCGCAGAGGCAGUGGCCCAGGUUAUGAUUCAGUCUUUUCAGUUGUCCUCAUGCGCGCUCUUCAACGCUCAGAUGCAGGAUGAGCAAGAGUUCCUCCAGAAGCAGCAGCACGAGCUCGACGGAGCUCUGAAGAAAAUCAUCCAGCAGCACAAACUGGAAAUCACCACGAUCGAGAAGGACUGCUUGAACCACAAGCAGCAGCUGAUGAGAGCUCGAGAGGCGGCCAUGUGGGAGUUGGAGGAGCGCCACCUGCAGGAGAAGCACCAGCAGCUGAAGCAGCAGCUGAAAGACCAGUACUUCCUGCAGAGGCACCAGCUGCUGAAGAGGCACGAUAAAGAGAUGGAGCAGAUGCAGCGCUACAACCAGCGGUUGAUCGAGGAGAUGAAGAACAAACAGACUCAGGAGAGGGUUCGUCUGCCCAAGAUUCAGCGCAGCGACUCCAAAACCCGCAUGGCGAUGUUCAAGAAGAGCCUCCGCAUCACCGCCACUGCAACCGUCACGCCCGAGCAGGAGAGAGAGCGCAUAAAGCAGUUUGCUUCUCAGGAAGACAAGAGGCAGAAAAACGAGAGGCUCCAUCAACACCAGAAACACGAGAACCAGAUGAGGGAUCUGCAGCUGCAUUGUGACUCGAACAUCAGGGAGCUGCAGCAGCUCCAGAAUGAGAAAUGCCACCUUCUGAUUGAACACGAGACGCAAAAGCUGAAGGAGCUGGAUGAGGAGCACGGCCAAGAGAUAAAGGAGUGGAGAGAGAAGCUCAGACCCAGGAAGAAGGCGCUCGAGGAGGAGUUCACACGGAAGCUCCAGGAGCAGGAGGUCUUCUUCAAGAUGAGCGGCGAAUCCGAAUGCCUUAACCCCUCCACCCAGAGCCGCGUGUCCAAAUUCUACCCGAUCCCAAACCUGCAUAACUCUGGGUUAUAGCGUCUGUCUGUCUCUCUGUCUGUCCCUCUGUCUGUCCCUCUGUCUGUCUCUCUGUCUGUCCCUCUGUCUCUCUCUGCUACACAACAGACUCCCAUCAAACUCGGCUGCGACAUCAUUUCUCCGAUCGUCACCGAUAAAAAAAUGACUUCGCCGCUUCGAUUCCAGCGUCAGUGAGCACGACGCGCCGACACACCGCUCCCUCGCUUAAUCCGACGUUUUUCUCCGCUACGCGAGACAUGUUCAACGAUAAUAAUUAUACGCACUUUUUUUGAGCAUGUUCAAAUGAUGAAAGCCCGCGAAGGCCAAUCGCGUGGCUCAGAUUAGCGAACGCUUCAGCGGGAACGAUCUCCAGUGCCUCUCGUGUUCUUGUUUACCUGCAUCGGGGGUCCGCCCCGUGUUUUACAGUAAAUACGCUUCCCCCUGAAUGUCUUGCAAUUAAAUAACCGGUUAUCAUUUUCAACCCAGUUGGGAGAUUAAACUGACCGCGCGCUCGCGUUGCCGCACGCGAGGCGGAGCCGGUUGAGAUGGACCGAGGGGUUCUCGGUCGUCUGGAGGCGGAGUCACAAACAGCAACGCGUUGGGAUCACGAGGCUGUGAGUUCAAGUGGAAAUGAAUGUACCGUGUUAUAAAUGAUGCGCCGAGUGAAAUGUUCCGUGCGCAUGGUGUCGAUCGGAUACCGCGCGUGCCGCGAGGGUCUCGUGAUUUUUACCACCCGCGUCGUUAAACCACACAGGUGACCUGUUACUUCCGGGAGAAUGAUGGAAGACAAACUAUGAAAACAAAUCACCUGGAAAUGAAAACGAAAGGAAUGUAAAGCUGUUUAUUUGCACUGUGUUGCCACAUGAGCUAAAGAAUAAAUAUGCAGUAGUGAAACAGUCGCUGUGUUAUCAUAGUCACCCAUUCAAACUCCAAAUUAGCAGAUCUGUCUUUUUGUUACUUUUACUUAUGUUACUCUUUUUCAAAUAUGCCCUUUUAGUAUUUUAUGAUCGCUUCUAGUUUUCUAAACAUGUAAUCCUGAAGCAUCGAUGCUGUAUUUGCUCUUUUCUGUGAGCUUCUUGCUCUCGAAGUGUUAAAACGCUGUACCCGUCGACGCGCGAGACGACGUUCUUCGCUGUAUUUUGGGAGCAAAAGUAUCGACGGUGAACGAAAAGAGAUUUCAAGACACCCGAUUGGUUUAUUUUCAUCGCUUCGUGUUAUAAUUUCUGUACGCUGACAUCUUCGGCGGCUGGUGUUUCGUCAUGAAUGCUGGGUUUUUAUUGGGGUUAUUUGGAGGUCGUCUGCAUCCCAAGUGCCCCAUAGAUUUUCAAAUAUAUUUUGCAUUUGCUUAAGUUACAGCAUUUCGAUAAGUUGUCAUUCUACCACAUUGAAUAUUAUUUUGAUGUCAGAUCAAAUGUAUCUAAAGUGUCUUUAUGGAUUUACUUGUCUUCAGUUGUAAAUAAAACAUCGACUGUU